UGUUAUAACUUAGGCGCAAGCUUAAUUUGUUAUCCUCUGUUCUAUCUACUGCACUUCUCACACUUUCUCUUUGGGUGGAUAAAAGCAAAACAAAACAUAAAAUGCCACACACCCUUUUUCACACUUUCUUUACACCACCUUCUUCUUCUUAUGUGCUACCCUUCAAACUGUACAAACCCCAAGUGAAACGAUUCGUUUUACAUUUCGGGCUUCCACGGCGUUCCCGCACAUCUCCAGAACCUUCAUCAUCUUCUUCUUUCACUUCGCAGAGGAAAACUAGGGAGGUGGUUGAAGAACGGAUUAAUGGAGAAGAAUCUGUUUACCCUCAAAAAGGUGAUGGUUUAGUGGAUGAAGAAGAUAACGAAAGGCUUGGAAAAUCGUGUGAAGUGUACGUGUGCAACCUCCCCAGAAGCUGUGAUGCAGCAUACUUGCUUGACUUGUUCAGGCCAUAUGGGACCAUUCUAUCGGUUGAGGUUUGCCGAAAUGAUGAGACUAAUGAAAGUAAGGGUUGUGGUUACGUGACACUGGGAUCUGUAUACUCAGCAAGAAAUGCAGUUGCUACAUUGGAUGGAUCAGUUGAUGUUGAUGGGCGCGAAAUGAGGGUUAGAUUUUCAAUUGAGGUGAAUUCUAGAAGGAGGGGUUUUAAUAAAGCGAACUCUUCCACCAAGAGGAUCUUAUACUAUGAAUCUUCUCAUAAGCUGUAUGUUGGCAAUCUUCCUAAGACAAUGAGACCUGAACAGCUGAGAGAUCACUUUAGCAGAUUUGGAAAUAUAGUUGGUGCCAGAGUAUUGCUUGAUUUUAAACAAGGGAAAAGUCGAGCCUAUGCCUUUCUCUCCUUUCAAUUAGAGGCGGAACGUGAUGCAGCAAUGUCUCUCAAUGGAACAGAAUUUUAUGGUCGAACACUAAUAGUUAAAGAGGGUGUUGAGAGGACAGAGCCUUUAACUGAAGCUUCAGUGUCUGCAUAACAAUGGGAGCAAUUUUGGUUUUACUCAUGGAGGAAGAUUUCUAGUGUGUAUAGCUGAGGCAUAUUUGCGAGGCUUCUACACUAGAAAAUGGUCGGUCAAGAAGAGGUGACCCUGUCACUGCGGCAGUUCAGCAAAUAUAUGCGUUCAUUCUAUUCUAUUUCUCUUGUAUUUCAAAUUGCAAUGAGUAAUAUGAAGGUAUUGUUGUUGAGUCAAAUUUGUCUUUGAAUUUAGCGAUGGGAUGAAAUACUGCUACCAUUGCUAGUACACAUAUUGCAGAGCAUUGUGAUGUAGAACAUGAAUAAACUCCAUGCAGAGUAAAGCUAGUACAUCACGAACAGGUGCCUUACUAUAGGUCACAGUAGCAUGUGUUAGUGUGUUUAGAAAUGGGACUGUUUUUAAUCUUGAAACUAAUCCCAACACUAUAUUGUGGGUUGCCUUCAUGAAAAGUGGCAUGUAACACAGAAAAAGUGUUUUCUGGA